UGUUUUCAACGCAGCGCGGGAGAUUCAGGGGAAACUCUCCUCGGGAGCGCUCAGCGGAGUAGUUUUGGGAGGUUUGUGAAAAUGCCUUGUGAGAGGAAGACGAUGCGUUAUGGACACUCGGAGGGACACACAGAGGUCUGCUUCGACGACACAGGAAAGUUCAUUGUUACCUGCGGGAAUGACGGCGAUGUUCGGAUUUGGGAGAAUCUGGAUGAUGAUCCAAAGUUCAUCACGGUCGGGGAGAAGGCGUACUCUCUGGCUCUCAAGAACGGCAAACUGGUGACGGCGAGCUCCAACAACACGGUGCAGAUCCACACGUUUCCUGAUGGAGACCCAGACGGCAUUCUGACCCGCUUCACGACCAACGCCACUCACGUCACGUUCAACAGCAGCGGCUCCAGAGUCGCCGCAGGAUCCAGCGACUUCAUGGUGAAGGUGGUGGAGAUGUCGGACAGCAGCCAGCAGAAGACGCUGCGGGGACACGAAGCCCCGGUUCUCAGUGUGACCUUCGACCCCAAAGAUGAGUUCCUGGCCUCGUCCAGCUGUGACGGCUCCGUGGUGGUGUGGAACAUCGAGGAUCAGACCCAGGUGAUCAGCUGGCCUCUGCUGCAGAAGACCAACGACGUCAGCAACGCCUCGUCUCUGUGCCGGUUAGCCUGGCAGCCGGGCGCCGCCAAGCUUCUGGCGGUUCCUGUAGAAAGUAAGGUCCACCUGUACGAGCGCGGCUCCUGGGACCACGUGAGCACUCUGUCUGACGACCUGCUCACUCAGCCCCUGAACGUGGUGGUCUGGUCCCCGUGUGGACGCUUCCUGGCCGCCGGCAGCGUCGGAGGCUUCCUGAACGUGUGGGACGUGAACAGCAAGCUGUGCAUCGAGAGGCAGAAGCAUGAGAAAGGCUUCACGGUGUGCGGCUUGGCCUGGAGUCCGUCAGGAAGCCAGAUCGCAUACACGGACACGGAGGGCUGCCUGGGCAUGCUGGACGGACUGGGAACGCCGCCCACAGACGCCGGCGCCACCAAGGCUCCGGUGAAGAAACCUGCUAAAGAUUACGACGCUCUGUUUGACGACGAUGAUGACGGCGUCAUGGACGAAGGCCUGAGCGACGGUGCCUCACCGGUGAAGAAAGCCGUCGCCGCGGACGACGAGGAGGACGACGACUUCCUGAUGCCCGCCACCGGGCGUGUGAGGAACAGAGGAGCGUUCCUGGACGACGAGAACUCCAUGGACACGGGAUCGCUGAAGCUCGGCCAGGACAAAUUUGGGGACGACGACGACGACGCCGGCAGCGCCGUGCUCGCCGCGGCCGCCCCGCUUUUGCCGCCGCGCCCCGUCUACGAGGGUCCCCUUCCCUCUGCUCCGCAGAAGGCCUUCCAGCCCGGCUCCACCCCCGCCCACCUCACACACCGCUUCAUGAUGUGGAACUCGGUGGGAAUCGUGCGAGGCUACAACGACGAGCAGGACAACGCCAUCGACGUGGAGUUCCACGACUCGGCCGUGCACCACGCCAUGCACCUCACCAACUCGCUGGGCCACGCCCUGGCCGACCUGUCCCAGGAGGCCGUGCUGCUGGCGUGCCCGAGCACAGACGAGCUGGCCAGUAAGCUGCAGUGCCUCCACUUCUCCUCGUGGGACACCAACAAGGAGUGGAUGGUGGACCUGCCGCAGGGCGAGGACGCCCGGGCGCUGUGCCUGGGGCAGGGCUGGGCGGCGGUCGCCACCAGCUCGCUGAUGCUCCGCCUCUUCUCCGUCGGAGGAGUCCAGAGGGAGAUGUUCAGCCUGCCGGGGCCCGUGGUGUGCAUGGCCGGGCACGGCGAGCAGCUGCUCAUCGCUUACCACCGAGCGACGGGCUUCGAUGGCGAGCAGGUCCUGGGCGUCCAGCUGCUGCAGCUCAGUCGGAGGAAGAGGCAGAUCAUCAGCGGCGAGCCGCUCCCGCUCUCCCGCCGCUCCCACCUGUCCUGGCUGGGAUUCACCGCAGAGGGCACGCCCUGCUACGUGGACUCGGACGGCGUGGUGCGGAUGCUGAACCGCUCGCUGGGCAACACCUGGACGCCGGUGUGCAACACCAGGGACACGUGCAAGAGCAAGUCCGACCACUACUGGGUGGUGGGAGUGCACGAGAACCCUCAGCAGCUCCGGUGCAUUCCCUGCAAAGGCUCCCGCUACCCCCCCACCCUGCCCAGACCCGCCGUGGCCAUCCUGCCCUUCAAGCUGCCCCUCUGUCAGACCAGCACCGAGAAGGGCCAGAUGGAGGAGCAGUUCUGGCGCUCCGUCCUCUUCCACAACCACCACAGCUUCCUGUCGUCCAGCGGCUACGAGGUGGACGAGGAGGCCCGGAGUCAGUCGCAGAAGGAGCAGCAGGAGCUGCUCAUGAAGAUGUUCGCCCUGUCCUGUAAGCUGGAGCGGGAGUUCCGCUGCGUGGAGCUGGCCGAGCUGAUGACGCACAACGUGGUGACGCUCGCCAUCCGAUACGCGUCCCGGUCCAGGCGCUUGGCCCUCGCCCAGCGGCUCAGCGAGCUCGCCCUGGAGAAGGCCAGUCAGAUCCAGGAGGAAGAGGAAGAGGAGGAGGAGGAGGAGCAGAGCAGCAGCAGACAGACCUCCAGGAAGAGACAGACUGCUGGGUAUUCAGGACAUCGGCAGCAGGAGGAGGAGGAGGGAGAGGAGCGGGAGGAAGAGGAGCUCCGGGAGGAAGAGGAGCAGCAGGAGACGGAGGAGGCGGCAGAAACCAAACCAGGUUUGAAACCGUUCGCUAAAGAAGCCGUUUCACCUGCGACUCUGUCUCUGACGCCAGUCGGCAAAGCGGGACGAGCGAACCCUUUCAAGGUUCUUGGUUCGGGGAAACCUUCAGCCUCCUCCGGUCAGCCUCGGGUUACAAACAUCCUGGACAGCAUGACGGCCGGCAGGAAGUCCGCGGCGCUCGGCGGGUCUGCGGGGAAAAGCAGCAAAAACCCCGUCCUCAAACCGCUGGCCCCCCGGCCCAAGACCAAGACUCAGUCCACCCUGCUGCAGCUGACCGGCUCAAACAAGACCAAGAAGAGUCAGGAGAGCGCCGAGCCGCAGGUCCCGCCUCCUGCGCCGCCCGCAGAAAACACUGAAAACCAGAGGCCGAAGACGGGCUUCCAGCUGUGGCUGGAGGAGAACAGGAAGAGCAUCACGGCAGAGCAGCCGGACCUGGAGGAGAUGGACGUCAUCAAGGAGGCCAUGGGGCGCUUCAGGGCGCUGUCCGCAGAGGAGCGGCUGUCGUGGACGGAACGAGCGAAAGGCCAACCUGGAGACGCAGCAGAUCUGAAGAAGAGGAAAAGAUCAGAAACAGGAGGAGGAGGAGAAGGAGAAGAGGCGGAGAACGAAAAGACGGAAGAGGAUGAGAAUAACGCCAAGAAGAAGAAACCUCUCGAUACGUCAUCCAAACUGUCAGCCUUUGCGUUCAACAAAAACUAAACACAUCCUGUUUCCUCUGGUGUUUCUGUUUUGAACAUGUUUCUGUAUUUUAGCAAGUUUAAUAAAUGCAAUUGUUUGUUUAUUUACAUUUUUUUUU